AUGAUCAAAUGUCUGCACUUGCAUACCACUUCAUCUGCAUAUUUCAAUCAAGUUUAUUUAAGCACUUCCAGGCAGUUUCUAAUGCCGCUGAUAACUCUUGCUUCGAACGUUCCCGCGAGUAGAUUUCCGAGUGAUUUCAAUGUUCAGUUCACGGAGUUAAUGGCGAAAAUGCUAGGAAAACCAACAAGUCGGAUACUUUUACUGGUAAUGCCAAAUGCACAAUUAUCACAUGGCACCACUGAAAAUCCAUCAUGUUUUACAGUGGUUAAAUCAAUUGGAUCAUUUUCGGCUGAUAAAAAUAUCGAAUAUUCCUCAUCAAUAUCAGAGUUCAUGAAGAAAACAUUGGAUAUCGAUCCUGCGCAUUGUAUCAUUCAUUUCUUAAAUUUGGACCCAGAAAAUGUUGGAUGCAAUGGAACAACAAUGAAAGAGCUUAUGAAGAAAUAA